AUGAAGUAUGGUUCGUCCACCUGGGCACUGGCCAGAACAGAGGAGAGAGGGUUGGAUGCUUUUGAGGUGAAGCUGCUGAGGAGGAUACUUGGCAUUAGAUGGGACAAUUUUGUUAGGAAUGAAAACAUUAGGAUGAGAUCAAGGCAAAUGCUAGUCAGUAUCAGGCUGAAGAGGGAAAGGCUGAAAUGGUUUGGACAUGUUAAGAGGAUGGAUGUGAAUAGAGACCCAAGGAGAGCACUGAGAACAGUACAAAUAGAGAGAAGACCACUGGAUGAGCCAAGAACGAGGUGGAUAGACAUAAUUGUCAGAGAUCUUGAAGAUGAAAACCAGAACUUAGAAGAAGCAAGGGAAAUGGAAAUGUAUCAGCCUUAUGCCACUGUGCAGGGGCAGGAAGAUAAAUGGAAAUAA